AUGUUACAAUAUAUUUUUUGGUUCUUUUUUGUAAUUGGUUUUUUAACUAUUUUUACAUACAUUACACCAAUUAUUAUAGCUUCAUUCAAAUUUGAAGAUCAAAACUUAAAGAACAAAUAUAACGCUAAAUGGGCAUUAGUCAGUGGUGCUAGUAGUGGUAUUGGUAAAGCCGUUGCUACUAAAUUAGCUGCUCAAGGUUUAAAUGUUGUUUUAGUUGCUCUUGAUGACGAAACCUUACAAGGUACCUACGAAGGUUUAAAGAAACAAUUCCCAAAAGUUGAAUUCCGUAAAGUUGGUUGCAAUUUAGGUAGAGCUGAUCACGAAUAUGAUUACUUACCAAUUAUUCAAAAAGCCACCGAAGAUAUCGAUGUUCAAAUUUUAGUAAACAAUGCUGGUUAUAUUCAAUUAAGUGCCUUCUUCAGAUCAACCUUACAAAGACAAUUAACCAAUUUAGAAUGUAACAUGAUGUCACACGUCAAACUUACUCAUCACUUUUUAAGCAAGAUGGUCGAAAAAGGAUUAAAAGGUUGCAUUACUUUCACUUCAUCACAAUCAGCUUUCUUCCCAGCUCCAUCAUGCAGUAGUUACGGUGGUGGUAAAGCUUUCCUCCAAAACUUUGCUGCUUCAUUAGCCAUCGAAUGUUACACCUAUGGUAUCGAUGUUUUCUGUUUAAUGUCUGGUCCAAUUCAAACCAACUUUUAUGACAAUCAACCAAAACUUUCAUUCUUUAAGUUCUUCCAUGCUAUCUCUGAUACCCCAGAUUCAGCUGCCGAUCUUAUGAUUCGUGGUGUUGGUAGAAUCACCUGGAGAGAUUCAUCACUCUUUACUGUCGUCUCACGUAUUGUCACCAAAGUUCUCGAUAUGAAUCUUUUAAUUCAAGGUAUUGCUAGAGGUCAAUCAUUAUCAUCCGAUUUCAAAAAUCAUCCAGAACUUAGAUAAAUAAAACAAAUAAAAAAAAAAUAAAAUAAAUUUAUUUAUUUAAAAUUU